CCCGCAUUUACCCACAUGACCCUUACAUUGCCCGUCCGCCGCCUGGCCCCAUCCCCCCAACCGGAAGUUGCCGUGCGUGGUAACGUCAGACAGGCCGCCAUGAUCCCGCUGCGGCGUGGCCUGUUCCUCGGGACGGCCGGAGAUGCGGCGACAGUCGAUCCGGACUCUGGUAUCUCCCAUGUGCUGACCGUGGACUCCAAGGAGCCGCCGCCUCUCGGCGACCGGCAGACGAUGUUUGUGCGGGCGCUGGACGAUGCCGCCUCUGACCUGCUGAGCUUUCUGGACGAUUGUGUGCGGUUUGUGCAGGAGGCGCUGUCUGCAGCAGGAGCUGCUGUCCUGGUUCAUUGUCAUGCAGGAGUCAGUCGAAGUGCAACUAUAGUGACUGCUUACAUGAUGAAAAUUGAUGGCCUGACCUUUGAGGAGGCAUAUAGUAAACUCCAGGACAUUAAACCUGAUGUCAAGAUAAAUGAUGAGUUUGUGAAGCAGCUGAAGUUGUAUGAAAAGAUGGGUUGUAAUGUGGAUUUAACAAGUGCUGAUUACAAACAAUAUCGACUGCAGAAAGUCAUCAACAAGUACCCUGAGCUACGGAAUUUACCUCAGGAGUUGUUUGCAUUGGAUCCUGUGAGCCUAGAGAAAACAAAUGAAGUCCUCUAUAGGUGCAGAAAGUGUAGGCGCUAUUUGUUUCGUGGCUCGAGUACUUUGAAUCAUGCUCCUGGAUCAGGACCAAAUGCCUUCGCUCACAAGAGAAUGUCGCAGACUCAAAGAGAGGGUCAGACCAAAUGUACAUCAUAUUUUAUUGAGCCAGUGCAAUGGAUGGAGCCUGCACUACUUGGUGUUUUGGAUGGACAGUUACUUUGCCCAAAGUGUGGAUCUAAAUUGGGCUCUUUCAACUGGUAUGGUGAUCAGUGUUCCUGUGGUCGUUGGGUAACUCCUGCCUUCCAGAUUCACAAGAAUCGCGUUGAUGAAGUGAAGCAUUUAAGUUUCUCCAGUGUGAAAAAUGUUAGUAGUUGAAUAAUAGAGUAUUGUCAAAUGUGAAAAAGCUGGACUGUCUGACCAACUACUAAAGUGGAAUAAACUUUAGUCAUCACACCCUCCCAAUCUGAACUAUAUUACAUGAUAUGUGAUGGAUAGAUGGUGGCAUUUACUUAGGACUGAUUUAUACAUUUCAUGUAUGUAUUUUAAAAAUUGUCAAGGUGUGUAUAUCGUACUGUGAAACGGUUUACAAACAGAUCAGACAUGAUUGGAAAAAAUCUUUAAAGUAGCUAUAGUCUGUUACAACUCCUGACAGAUAUUCAAUGAUCAAGGUUUACAGUUUCCAAAGGGUGAAAUUUUUUUGAAUCACAGCUGCGCUACACAGAGCAAAGAUAACCAGAUUUUGCCAUCAAAAUGACAAUAAAGCUGUCUGGAGUCCACACACAUGGAAUUAACUGCAAAACUCGGGAGGCUCUAUCCAAGUUGAGCUGGUCCACUAGAAACUGCGUUACCCCAGUACUUUGCCAAGAUACUGAACAUUAAUAUCGUUGUAAGCACAUAAACGUUGCUUUACUUAUCGAUUAAAUAUACCAGAAGAAAAAUGUUAGGCCUAGUGUGUGCAGAUUGUAAGUGCAUUUUUAAAAGCGUGAUAACUCUGAAGUACUGACAAGCACUAUCUCUGACAUGAAUUCUUUAAAUUUUAGACAGGUGAAUUCUCAUUUCAUUCUAAUGUAAUUAUGUUUUUCUUUGUCUUAUUUAUCACUGUCUCAAUCACAUCCCUUUUUUCCACCACUAUUAUUAUUUCUUUACUAUUUCAAGUUAAUUAAAUAUUCUCAUUCAUAAUUCAGACACUGCAUAUUUACCUGCUCCCUUACCUGUGUGUGAUCCGUAAAAGUUUCCAGACACCACUCUACCUGAAUUUAUCAGUCAAUGUAUUGACACAUAGUCGUGAGCCAAAAUGGCUGCCCUGUGACCCGCUAUUCAUCUACAUGAGUGCGAACUGGAAAGGAUAAUGACUUUUUGACCUCCUCAAGGUGAAUGAUCUCAUAAAGGUACUUGGUCUUAGUUUUAAAUUCUGUACACAUUGGUCAGAAGCAAGCUGUGGUUAUGUGCUUUGACAGGUAGAAUAGAGGAGCUAAUUAUUAUUUAAAUAGAGAAAGACUGCUGAUAGCUGCAGUAUAGUGGGAUUUGGGAGUCCUUAUGCAUAAGUUGCAAAAUGAUAGAAUCCAAGUUCAGGAAUGUAGACUUUAUUUCAGAGUCAGUGGAGUAUCAAAAUAGGGAAGACUUUCUAAAACUAUGCAAAGCAGUAGUCAGACCAAAGAUAGACUACUGUAAACAGUUCUACCCACCUUUUCUAAAGAAAGAUACUUUGGCAUUUGAGGCAGCCCUAAGAAGGUUCACAAUGUUGAUCCAGGCAUGGAAGGUUUCUCUUGUAAUGCAAGGCUGAAUAGGUUGGACCUGUACUCGAUGGAGUUUUGAAGAAUGAGAGACAACUACAUUGAUAUAUAGAUCCUUGGUGUCUUGAUAGGGUAGUUGUGGAGAGGUAGCUUGCCAAUGUGGGAGAGCCCAGGACCAGAAUAAGAGAUUGCUCAGUUACGUCAGAGAUGUAGAGGAAUUUGUUCUCUCUGAGGAUAGUGAAUCUGUGGAAUUAUUUACUGAAGAGGUCUGUUGAGGCUGGGUUUUUAAGUUCAUUCAAGGCUGUGACAGAUUUUUAAUCAGGCAGGGAAUUAAGGGUUAUGGGGAAGAGACGGGAAAGUAGAUUUGAGGGUUAUCAGAUCAGACAUGAUCUCAUUAAAUGGCAGAGCAGACUAAAUGGGCCAAAUGCUUACUUCUACCUCUAUGUCUUACGGUCUUCUCUUUCCUCACAAUAUGUAAUAAAAGUGAGAGAAAGAACUUGGGUUUAUAUCGUACAUUUCCAAACCUCAGAUGUCUCAAACACAUUUGCAACCAAUAACGUGUUUUUAAAGUGUCGGCACAGUUUGGAAAAGCAGCAGCCAAUUUAUCAAAUUUCCAAUGAAGUGAUGACCAAAUGAACUAAUUUAGGGAAGUUGAUUGAAGAAUAUAGACCAGAAUAUCUGUAAGAACUUCCUGAUCCUUUUCAAACAGUCUUUGAGAGCUUUUACAUCACCUUGAGAAUGCAGACAAGAUGUAGAUUUAGCAGUACAUCUGAAAGAUGGCAUCCCCUGCAAUGCAACAGUCUCUCCACUGCACUGCAAUAUCAGCUUGCAUUAUGUGCUGAAUUGGCAUUUGAGCCCACAAUCAUCUAACCCAAUGGCAAACCUGCUACAACUGAGUCAAUACUGACUCUGGAUUUUGUGUUGUUUCAAUGUUUAGUCAGUAGGAGUCAAUAGACGUGAAGCUGGAAAAGCACAGCAGGUCAGACAGCAUCCAAGGAGGAGGAAAAUCAAUGUUUUGGGCUGAAACCCUUCGUCAGGACUGGGGAGUAGGAGGUGCAUUUCACAAGACAAAAUAGGCUAAACAGAGUCAUGUAUUAAGUGCCCAUGCCUCUUAUAAUGCUUUUGAAAUCUCUGAAUUUAUAGCUGCAGAUACUAUCUGCCUACACUGGUUCUCUGAUGAAAACAACCUGUUUUUGAUGGUGUUUUACACUGAACAAUUAAUGAAGAUCAAAAUAAUCCUCCUUAGAGAUGGUGUACUAUACGAACAGUGCAAGUUGAUGAAUUUAUUAAAGAAAGUUAUUAUAGCAUGCAGUGUAUUUGUAUUUGCAUUUUGAAUCAUGGGAUAAUCAGAGUUAUGGGAAAUUUCAGCUACUUUGCCUUGUUACAGAUUGCAGUAGUGGAUGUAGAAGGGUAUCAGGUUGAAAUCUGGAAGAUUUAAUAGUGAUCAUAAUGAGUGCUAUAUUAUGGAGAGGCAAUGGUCUAGUGGUAUUAUUGCUCAACUGUUAAUAAAGUAACCGAGAUAAUGUUCUGGGGACCUGGGUUCAAAUCCCACCAUGGCAAAUGGUGGAAUUUGAAUUCAAUUAAAAAACAGAAAAAUCUGAAAUUAAGUAAUGGUGACUAUGAAUCCAUUGUUAAUUGUUGGAAAAAUCCAACUGAUUCACUUAUGUCCUUUAAGGAAGGAAAUUGCCAUCCUUACCUGGUCUGGCCUACAUGUGACUCCAGAACAACCCCAUGACAAUGUGGUUGACUCUUAACUGCACUCUGCCAGUAAUACCCUCUUCCCAUGAACGAAUAAAGGAAAAAAAAUGGUUUAAAGACCAGUCCAUUUAAAAUGUAUUUUCUGUUGCUUUGAACACAUUUUGAAAUAUUUCAUUAAAAUGUCCUGAGCAUUUUGCUGAAUCUAUAAAUUAUCAUUCAAGACCAGGACCCCAUAAUUUCUGCACCAAUAGAAAGUUUAGUUUUAAAGUGUAUCAUGUAUAUGUUUUUGAAAUUGGUUCUGUAAAAUCUUUUUAUUGCCGUUUUAAAUGGUACAAGGUCAUGCCAAUCAGUUGUUACUGACUUUGUUUUAACGAGGAAGACUUGUAAAUCUUUCCCAAAAUAGAUAUUGGCAAUUUUUCUGUGAUAUGUACUUAUUCAGCUUAUCGGUCCCAUUAUUGUUUACUUUAUUGUAUUGUCUUCACUUUUUGUUAAGCGUUCAUACUUAACUCCUUUACUUGUGCUGACACCGAUUUCAACAGAAAGAAGAGAGAGAGCUGUGGGUUGAACUUAAGUUAGAACUUAAUGACAGGUCAUCAAAUUGAACACCUCUUGAUAUCAAGAUACCCAUCAAAGACACCUUUGACUUCUAGUACUGUCAUAAGUGAUUUCCCCAGAUCAUCUUUCCACCUGCAGUGUUGUAGGAAACUUAGAAGUUGAACAUGUCAUGCAAGUAAACGUAUAGUCAUACAAUAAAAAAAUUUUUUAAAAAUGUCAUUUAAUGUUUCCAGAGCAAACUUUUGAUUUAUAGACUAUAAUGUUUAGUAAUGCCUCACACGUGCAGUUCAAUUACAGUUUCAAAAUAUGGAAGUGAAUUAUUAUAACUUGAAUGAUUCAAACUUUCUCAUUCAGUGGAAAAAGGAGAAAAUGCAAUUUUUAUUCCAUAAGCAUUUAUUUCAUAAACGAGUGUUAGAGGCCUCGCUGAUUUCUCAUUAGUUUUAUUUUAUCAAUUUUGGUUUGGAGAUGUGAGUCAAAAAUGACCUUUUAACUGUAGGGUAACAACUUGUAUUCAGAGGAAAACUGACCAAAUGAGAUUUUCAUUCUUCGUGAGGCCAGCCCUGAAGUUAAUUGCAGGUUGGUUUCAGCUCAAACUUUGUCACUGGGGAAGAACAUUAUGUUUAAACAGAAAGCAAAGUCUGGCUAUUAGUAAGAUAGGUACCUGGGAAUUAAUUCCAGCAGUCUGCAAAAUACUUUAUUUUCAAGCAGAUGGCCAAUGUUCAACAGUAACUCAAUGUGGAACAGAUGGUCUGUCACUUUGAAUUGGGUUUUGGACUGUGUUUUCUGUGAGAAGGAAUCUGGCUGUUGUUGCUGUGGCAUAAAGAUUUGAAAGCUCCCCAUCUAACCUCCUGCAGUUCCUGGAAUAGCUCAUAGAAUAGAUCACUAAGUUAUAAGUAUUACUGCCUUUAUCUGAGUGAACUGAAAUAGUGACCCUGAUUGACAUCUUCAGAAAAUCAACCACAAAACCAUCAUCUAUGCCUGUGGAGCAAUGCUUCAUGAAACCAAUUAAGUAAUCUGGUCAGUUUUGUUAUUUUAUUAAUCUCUUGAUUGUGUUUUUCUGUCUUUUGUGUGAAUGGGGCUGGAAACAAAGGCUGUUGGGUUUACUUUGUUAAUUUUUGCUCUGCUAAAGUUACUAUUUUGUUAAUAAAUCGCUAAGAUAUAAA